AUGCCUUCCAAGUCAACUGUCCGAGCCAUUUAUCGGUGUCUGCUGCGUGAUGCGCGCGAGUUACAGUGCAUGCCGUACUUUAACAUCCGUCGUGAGUUACAGAAAGAGCAGUGGGGUACUGGUAAUUAUGUAGAACCAAUGACAAUCCACGAGCAGCAGGAGCUCCAGGAAUUGAGUCGAAUGGGUCCAAAGAUGAUCAAGUCACUCAAAGAGUUUCAGAGACUGCGGGACAAUGCGUUUCGUAUGGGAUCACUUAGUGUGGACCUUAUUAAAUGUAUUCAAGUGGCAUUUAGAGAAAACAUGCACUUGAGUGACCCGAAGAUUGUGAGUGUGAAGCUGGACGAAUCAAUUGAAGCUUUGAGUGAAUUAUCCAACCAACUUUUGUUAGCCCAGUGCUCGACUGUGACAGUGACGGAUGGCGUCCGCAUAGAGGCGACGAGCAAGUACCUACAGAGUCACAGCAACCCAUCCUCGAAUACCUACCGCUUUACGUACCGAGUUACCAUUACCAACCAGAACGAAAAGUGCUCGAUUCAGAUUCUCGGACGCCAAUACACGUUUGAAAGCGAGAAGGGCCAGCGAAUUGCACUGAAGCGGAACUCACCGGGAAUUGUGGGCGCUACGCCGCUGCUGGCACCGGGUCAGAUAUUUGAGUACGCCAGCGGAGUUGACAUUGACGCUCCACGAGGCUCCGUGACCGGUUGUCUGCAUGCUCUGCGCAAGUCGAAGAACGCUGAGGGGAAGGACCACGAGGAGCUCUUUGACGCGCUUGUGUCACGGUUUGCUCUCCUUGCUCCACCCACUCGGACUGAACGAUAA